AUGCGGGUCUGGUUCUGCUGGCUCUGUCUGCAUGGUGAGGAGUCCGGCUCGGUGUCGAGGGUUCGAGUCCGACACAGCUAUCAAGACGUCACCGAGGCUUGUUGUAAAGGAUUGUGGCCAAGUUGGGAGGGAGUGGCGGGAUGGGUGGUCAACGUAGCUCAGGUGAUCGAGCUGCUGAUGACCUGCACCCUCUACCUGCUCGUCUCCACAAACCUGCUGUUUGACUGUCUGUCGGCGGCGCCGGCGGCCCUCCCCAGGUCCGUGUGCUCUCUGCUCUCUCUGCUGCUUCUCCUGCCCUGCCUGCUGCUGACUGAUCUCAGACCCGUUUCAGUGCUCAGCCUGCUCUGCUCUUUGGCUCAUGGACUCAUAAGUUUGCUGGUCAUGCUGUUCUGCCUGAGCUGUGCCAGCAGCUGGUACUGGUCCUCUCUAUCGCUGUCUGUGGAUCCGGAGAACUUCCUCGUCUCAGUAGGAGUCAUCAUCUUCUCCUACACCUCCCAGAUCUUCCUUCCUUCUUUAGAGGGUAGCAUGAAGGACAGGGGGCAGUUCAAUACCAUGCUAGGGAGAACCCACGGCGUCGCCUGCAUCAUGAAAACCCUGUUUGCCCUAAUGGCGGUAUUGACCUGGGGGUCAGAGACCAGCGAGGUCAUCACAGACAACCUGCCACCCAACCUUCGACCCAUUGUUAACAUGUGUCUACUGGCGAAAGCCCUGCUGUCCUACCCUUUGCCCUUCUACGCUGCUGCUGAAAUACUGCAAACCUGCGUUCUUAGAGAUGCUUCCAAUUCAUCAAGCUCCAAACACGGAGGUGGAGGAGUUUCCCGUCCGGCCCUGAUGGCCCGCUGCACCUUGUUACUGACCUCGUACUUGCUGGCGCUGCUGGUGCCCAGGUUCUCCCUGCUGAUGGGUCUGACAGGGAGUGUGACUGGAGCUGCGCUCACGCUCAUACUGCCAUGUCUGUUUCACCUGAGGCUGCAGUGGCUCCGGCUCACUGUGAGGGAGCGGCUGACAGAUGUGUGCAUACUGAGCUUGGGGGUCGUGUGCAGCGUCUCCGGUGUAAUCUGUUCUGUGAAGAGACUGGUGGAGAGAUCAUGAUCAUGAGAAAAAAUAGUUGGUUUUUGGAGUUAUUAUGAAGAUUUUCCAUUAUUUUGCUCUCAGUUUUAGUGUAAAAUUUGCAAAACUCAAAGACAUUUUUUUUUUACUAUACAUGAACCUCUGCUGAACUGUUACUAGGGGAGCAAUAAACUCAGCAACAGUUAGCAGCAGAUGUGGGGUUUCUGGGUGUUUUUAGCAUUCUCUCCAACUGUUUAAAUGGUUCUAAUGAACUGCAUGAAAUAUACUCCUUACAGAAAAUGUUCCUUUUUAAUAAAAAAAAUAGUCAAACAUAGGAACAAAUACUUUCAUAUAAAGUCAUCUUAUUCUUUUCAGUCUCUUUAGGCUUUUUAUUAUCUCUUCCAGUGUUCAGACAAACAUUUUAAUGUCCAAAAAAGUAUAAAUCCACCAGGAACUUAAGUCCAAAAAAUAAAAAAA